UUAUAGACAAUUACCCAAAAAUAGCAACUUAAUUCAACCUACGUGUCAAUUUCCCUUCCUCUAAACAGCACAAAUCUCUCUCCCCUUUUCACUUCAUCUCCUCCACCUCACUCUCAAAUGGCUCCAAGCCACUGAAACAAAUCGAAAAUAUCAACACUCAGUGAAAUCCCUUCAUUGCCCUCGAACCCUAGCUCAAUCUUGCACACGUCCAUGGCCCCAUUAUGUAAUUUCAGUCCGCCCCUUUUCCUGUUAGCCUCCAUUGAUCAAAGGGCCCGCAUAGCUUGAAGUGAAAGUGAAAAACCAGAAGAAAAGCUUGAAACUUAGGGGAAAAAAAACGCACAAGCGUACCCAUUUUGUGCGAAAUGCAUUCUGUGAAUUUGAAAAUGGUUACGGGCUGCAAAGCGCUGUCGUUUCCAGGUCGGGUCGACAGAAGCCCGAAGGUUUACAGUUUGAGAGUUAAUCGGGUUGUCGCUUGCAGUCUGUCUGGGCCGGGCUCGGGUUCGGGGCAUGGACCACUUCAAGGCCCGAGCCAAAGUUCGCAUCUUUCUCGGACCGAAACGUAUGCUUUGCUCAAGCAGCAGCUGGAAGUCGCGGCAAAAUCUGAGGAUUAUAAGGAAGCUGCUCGAUUGCGUGAUUCACUGAAGCUAUUUGAGGAGGAGGAGCCGGUUUUGCGUCUGCAGAGGUACCGAGAUGAGUUGAAGGAAAUCGCGCCUCAUUUUCUCUUGAAGUGCUCGAGUGAUGCAACUACCUUGGGUAUUAGAGUUCAAGUUAGGAGUGUGUACAUUGAAGCUAGAAGUCAGCCUUCAAAAGGCCUCUACUUUUUUGCAUAUAGGAUUAGAAUCACGAACAAUUCAGAUCGGCCCGUACAGCUUCUAAGAAGGCAUUGGAUCAUAACCGAUGCCAAUGGCAAAACCGAGAGCGUGCAGGGUAUUGGAGUUAUAGGUGAACAACCAGUUAUACUUCCUAAAACGGGUUUCGAGUAUUCAUCUGCUUGUCCCUUAAGCACGUCUAAUGGAAGAAUGGAGGGUGAUUUUGAAAUGAAGCAUAUCGAUAAAAUCGAUGCUCGAACGUUCAAUGUGGCUAUUGCCCCCUUUGCUUUGUCCACAUUUGAAGAUGGUUCCGGUGCUAUUUGAAAAACCUGAGACAUUUUACGAGACUUCUUUGGACAUUCAAGAUCAUACAAUUGCACCUCAUUUUACACGAAAUUGUUAUAUAUGUUGCCAUGCUAGUGUACAUUUUUUUUUUUGUUGUUGUUAUUUUUGUUUUCAUGCACUAUUAAUUAGAAUGUAAUAUUAUUAGAAAUCUAUUUACAACACAUUGCUUAUUAAUUAGUCAGGACAUAUAGCUAAUUUGUCAAGACUCGGCGUGUAAACGGCUUAAAACUAUUGAAACUUAAAAGAUCCUCAUAUUUUUCUUCUUUUCUUAUUUUGUCGAAAGUUUUUACUCUUCAUGAUUAUCUUGUGACACGAUUUUCUCAUCGAGAUAUAUGCAGGAGAUAAUUG